AAACGGGCGUGAACGUGCAGCUCGACCGCCAGGUGCACGUAGAGAGGGAACCAUAAGGCGACCAGAGCUGGCAGACCGGAGUGGUCUAGCUGGGGAGUAAGGAGUGAUCGAGUGAUGUCAGAGAUCUUGCAAUGCAGCGCACGAGGGUGGUCGUGGUAGGGGCUGGCGUGGUUGGCCUGUCCACAGCAGUGUGCAUCGCAGAGGCCCUUCCAUAUUGCUCCGUGACGGUCCUGGCAGAAAGGUUCACUCCAGAUACCACGAGUGACAUUGCUGCAGGGAUUGUGAUGGGUGGCGUACCAUUUCCCGAUAUUCCUCUGCAGCAGCAGCAUCGCUGGUUUAAGAACACUUUUGAUCACCUGCUAGAGAUUGCCAGGUCCCAGCAAGCUUCAGAAGCAGGUGUCUUCUUGAGCUCAGGAUGGCAGAUUUUCCAGGAAGUUCCUGAUGAACGCAGGCCUUUCUGGGCGGAUGAUGUGCUGGGGUUUCGCUACAUGACUGAUGCUGAGCUCAAAGCAUUUCCACAGUACAAGUUUGGCCAGGCCUUCACCACUGUCAAAUGCGAGUGCCCCUUUUAUCUCCCAUGGCUAGAGAAAAGAUUUAAAAGGGCCGGUGGUCUGAUGAAAAAGGGGAGAGUGACAGAUCUCCAGGAGCUGUGUCACAAUUAUGAUUUGGUGGUGAACUGCUCUGGCCUGGAAGCACGGGUGCUGGUUGGGGACAGCGCGGUGCACCCAAUCCGGGGGCAGAUCCUCAGGGUCCAUGCCCCCUGGCUCAAGCACUUCAUCCGGGUCGGUGACGGGCACACCUAUAUCUACCCUGGCCGGGACAGUGUCACGGUGGGGGGCACCCGCCAGGUGGGUAACUGGAAGCUGGUGGCUGACGCGGGUGAAAGCGAGGCCAUCCUGGACCGCUGUUGCCGGCUAGAGCCAUCGCUUAGGGAAGCUGUGUGCCUCGGUGAGCUGGUGGGGCUCAGGCCCGGCAGGGCGAGCCCUCGCCUAGAGAGAGGGCUGCUGGAAACAGCAGGGGGCCGAAGGGUGCCUGUGGUGCACAACUACGGGCAUGGGGGGUGGGGUGUCUCCCUCAGCUGGGGUACAGCACUGGAGGCACUGAAGCUGGUCAGGGAGAGCCUGAUUGAGCUCCCACCUCCGUCACGACUGUGACUGCCCAGUGAACUACGAGUCACAGUCUAGACCAAUCAAAACCAGAUAUCACUGAUAUAAACCGCAAUUUAGACCAGUUUGCAGACUUGGUCCUGGCCCGGCAGUGUAUGCUUGUUUUUGUUACAAACAAAAACAUUAUGUUAUUUCUAUAUAAUUGCAACCCCUAAAUGAGCUGUUCAUUUUACUUUUGAGCAAUGAAACUUGGCAUUGAAUAACCUUGGACAUACUUUUGCUGCAUAGAGAACUAUAGUACCAUAAAAUCCCUUUUGCUACUCAUAGCCAUUUAUUUGCUGGUAGAAUUAAGUGGAAAAAGGUUACAUGGCAGAUAAAAGCAUGAAAAUUGAUACAGAUGUCCCUUGGCUGAUCCUAAGACAUUCUUAAAGCAAACUAAGUUUUAAAACAAAUUCAAAAUGGUUGCCACCUUGUUUGCCAAUUGAUAUAAAAUGCACUUAAAUGGCCUCUUAAAAGCAUGAAAUUUGCCACAGAUGUCCCUUGGGUGAUCCGAAGACAUCUUAAAAAGGGUGCCCAAAUAAAUCUUAAAUGGGAAGAAAGUUAUUGAGCAAAUUCAAAAUGGCUAACUAAUUUGUUGUUGUUUCACCUAAAAAGGCUGUGAACUGAACAUAGCUAUGUAAGUUUGUUAUAUUGAUACUAAUUUUCCUGCAAAUAGGUAGCUCUCAACAUAAAUCAUAAGUUUUAUAAAAUAUAAUCUUAUUCCUAAAUCUCAUUUUAAAAUAAUUUUAUAAAAAAUUAAGUUUUUCGUAAUUAUACUAUUUAUAUUUACAUUGAUAUAGAUAUAUUUAAUCAUAAUAAAUUCAGAAUAUAAUAGGACAUACAGGCAGUUAUGCCAAAGUCCUGCCAAAGCCGAGGUUGGCCAGCACACGUGGAGCGGCAUAAUUGGCUCGGCAGGGGCUGUAGGAUUGCCGUAUACAGUAGAGCCCUGAUUGCACUCGCCUCGGAGUCAGGGACGCGGGAAUUUGAGACUCUAAUAUCCUGAUCCUCCUGGGCCACACCAGCCCUUUUUGGAUAAGAUUGAACACCCCUGAGCUAGAGAUCUCGCUGAGUCACUAAUUAGUAGAAUCAGGUGUGCCCUGCACUAUACAAUCAAACUCCUUGUACCCACUAUGUAAAAACAUAUAUGUUGCAAGGUUGCAUAAUGAGGCAACUUAACAUGCCCUUACUUACCUUUGUUAAUGCACUUUGAAAGUCACUCUCGAUAAGAGUCUCUGCCAAGUGUCUAAAUGGAGUCUGGAAUAUUGAACAUGUACUCAUGAAAACAUUGAUGUAAAAAAAUUUCUUUUAAAAUUCCAUUAUACACUUACAGUAUGUCAAAAUAUACAGUUGAUGUCACCAAAACUUUGGGUUCUAAUGGACAAUUCCUGCUACUGCUGGUCUUAACUCCUUAAGGCAAUAAUCUCUGUUGGGCACCUCUACAUCCUGUGACACGAUGUGUGAUUCACACAAUCACAGAGCUGGCUCAUAGCAAAUUUUAUGAAGAUUUGUGGAGGGUGAAAAUCAAGUAUGAUUCUGUAUUUAAAUUUGCAUUUUGUUAAUGUACAUUAGUUGUAAUGUUUGGUGAAAGAAUGUACACCUACAUAUUCUAUUUUGUAUUUAUGUAUAUAUUAAAAACAUUCACAGAUUUCAUAGAUUUAAGUGCGCAAAAUCAGAAUCCCACAAAUAAGUAGCAAGUGCAAUAUGAAUGGGAUAAAAUUUUAUGCUGGUGUCUGCUUGCUUUGACAUUAAGCUUAAUAAAAUUGUGUCAGAA